AUGAUGGCGACUCCACUCCUCCUUAUCAUCGCCCUAGCAGGGACAACAUUGGCAGACUGCGGCUAUGCUUACCUCCGCAACACAACGUCACAAUAUGUCGACGCCCAAUCCAGAGGCCUCUACACGGCCAUGACUGGUCUCAUCCCAAACACCACCUACACCGAACAGUUCAAACCGGUCGAUAUCCGCGUUGGCAUACUCUCCAAACCCCUCAAACUCGCGCACAACCGGAGCUUCCACGAUCCAGUGCGCUGCACCACGUUCACUGAGAUCAUAGUCACUGAUCCCUCCCAUCCCUACGUGAUUGGCACCAGGAUGGAGACAGACGGAGCAAAGAUAACCAAGAUCGAAACCCUCGUGACGGAUGCCGGAGACUGGCUCUUCAACGCGACAGGCUACGCUUACUACAAUUCGCUCGAGAAAUGGGACCCAAUUCCUGCACAGGAAUACGACGACCCUGCCGUUAUCAAAGCGGCCGGUGAUGCGUACUUCGACCGAUUCGCGAAUGCAAAUGUCACCGUUCCGUACGGGACCCCAUGCGCCCGACUGGAAGGGGGUGCGUAUACCGACUCCGGACUCACGGGAAAUAAUACGUGCAACCUAGGACUGCCGAAUACGAUCAAGGUAACUGACCGACGUUACGUUGUCGAUGUCGAGAUGGGCGCUGUGAAUAUUUACGUCGGGUUCCCCGGCCUGGACCGUGCAAGUAAUGAACCAACGCCCGAUUCUCAUCUGUUUAGGGUCGAGAAGGGGAAGAUUCGGUAUAUACAUACCAUAUCUACAUGUGAAGGGCAUCCCGGCUGCGGCUUGAACGGGACGGGUCUUUCUGUUUUUCUAUGCUGA